CCGGCAUCCCUUACCUUUAGUCCUGGGACGACCAUUUAAAUAUCCUUCCCGGGACCUCGACACACACUCGCAGCGCGCCCUCCGCAAAAGCGCCUCCACGAAUACUUAUAGCUUCUUCUGGUGUAUUGCAUUGCAGUCUGAGGAUUCAAAAGCGCGAUGGCUUGUCACCCCUUUGCUGUGGUCCUAGCGUGUCUGGUCCUGGCGACGGCGUCCUCCCUGUCCGUUUUAGAAAAGUCAACAGUAUUCGACUCAUUGCAAGGGCAGCUGGAUAACCUGGAGGGAUCCGAGAACUUAUUAAAGAUAAGUAAGAGACACGCUGAGAUACAUCAUGUUGCAAAGCGGGAAGCAAAAGUACAUGCCAUUUCCAAGCGCCAAGCAUCAGACAAGUCACAGCUUGAGUCGCUGCAGUUAAGAGCAGCGCUGAUGUUCAUCGAGGCCAACCAGGCAGCGGACAGCGUGGCACUCAAGCUGGUCGAAGUGUUCGAACAGAUCAACAGCACACUGCAAGCAGGCCGAGGCGGCCUAGCCGAUGCCUUCGAACGACGCCUCCAGGUCAUUGCAGCCAGCGUCAGCGCCAACAGCGUGCUGCCGAAGGACUGCGGAAGGAGCGCCUCCGACAGCGGUGACGUCCUUCGCGGUUCCCACCCAUGGGUCGUGAGCGUCGGAUUCAAGCGUGGAGACAGGGACGUUAUCGGCUGCGCUGCCGUUGUUAUCAGCCGUUAUCACGUCAUAACAGAUGCUAUCUGUGCCGCUACGAUGAAAUAUGACCACGUACUCUUGAAAAACACGGCCCUCAAAGUUGCCAAUAGAUGGUUCCACCCUAGUCUCAAGAGUGACGAUGACGUCACCAAUGGCCACAACAUCGGGAUCGUCAUGACUGAAAGGCCGAUCGUCUUUAACGACGAGGUGCAGCCAGCUUGUUUGCCCGGAAUCUCCGACGUAGUGGACCCGGCCGGGCAGGGGUCCACCACUCUCGUCGGGUUCAAGGAAGGAAGCAGUGGAGGCGUGACACAGUACUCGUGGGUCAACUCCAAGACGCUCGGCUCCCUCCUUUGCUUCCAGGCCAUUGGCUCCCUCGGAAGCAGCGGCACUCAGAGGAAUUCGCUCUUCGAGAUCCUUAACAGACACCACCUGUGCGUGUUGAGGCCUUUCAAGGAGGCUGCAUUAUCUGUGGCCGUGGACCAGGACCCAAGGACAGGUCGCGUCCAGGUCACCGGCGUAGGACCCGUCACUGACCGGAGCACCAAUACUUCAAUGGCUUUUACUCUCACUCAGACACACACGUUCUGGCUCGAGCUCAUGGUCAAGAAUUCAAUCAGGCUUUUGCUCUGAACACAAGUGAGGGACUGAAACUACUUCGUAUUCCCCGUUUUUAGUUUUCGAUUGUUGAUUAUGUUGGAAGUUUUCUUUUCUGAUAAGAUCAAAAUGCUAUCAAAUGAAAAACAAUGAUGUCCUAUUCAAAAGUAAUUAACUCGGAUGCAUUUCCUUCGCAUGAUGAAAUGGAGGAGAGGAAAGAGAGACUGGACAGAAAAGUCACGCACUCAACACUGUUGAAAUACUCCAGUUUAUUUUCAUUAAGGCCUUUAUGUAUAACCCCUGGAAUAUACUAGCAGCUUAAA